AAUUAUUGGUGGCACUGCCCCAAUGUAUUUUUUAUUUAUCGUUUCUAUAAUUUCCUACAUUUUCCUAAUUUUUAUAAUCGCUUAUUUCUGAUUUUCAUUGAUGCUGUUAUGCAUAAUUUACUGAUUUUUACUACUAAAACAAACUGGCAAAGGGCUAAAACUAAACCCGGUAAUGGGGAAUUAAAAUUUUCCGGAUUUUCCCAUCUAAUUGUUUAGCCGUAUUAUUUCAUAUUCCAUAUUCUGCCAAAACCAUAUUUUGCCAAUGAGGCUAAGAAUUUGCAUUUUACCAACACGGUCUUACUGGCAAAACGUCUGUUUUGGCCUUAUUGGCAAAAUGUGUGUUUGGCAGAUGAUGGAGCCGAAUUAUUACUAUUUUCCGGACCUAUAAUUAAAGAGCAGCAAAAAUCCUAUAAAAACACUUUGUUUUUAAAAAACAGCUUUGUCUAUUUAAAAGGACUACCUACUUAAAAAAGGAAAAUUCUCGAAAGACUUUUCCUCCUCAAUAUUUUGUCAGCUUUGCAUUUUUAUUUUUUUUUACAAAUUUGGGUGAAGGUCGGCGGCUAAUGUACUAAAUCAGAUAAAAAAGGUUGUGUGAUCGAUAAAAUCGAGACCGUCAAAAAUAUUUAGGAAAAGUGUGGCCCCCCUCUUUAUUUUUUUUACAAAAUUUUCCUCCCUUUUCUUUUCCGCUCUCAUUUUUCUUUUCAUUAUUUCAUUUUUAUUUGUCUCUAAUUUUCACUCCGCGGUUUGUACUCUACUUCUUUAAUGUUUGCAGACUUUUUAUCUAUUUUGUUCACUAGUUAGCGAGAAUAAAGUCUGUGAUGGUGGUGGUGUGGUGUGUCCUUGCCCGAUUGGUUGUUACUAUACGUGGCUCCAGUUAUUGCUUUACACACCACUGACUGUGCUUAAAAAAUUACAUUAUAUCCUUUAAAGCCGCUAAUAUAAUCAUUAAUUUAUUUUUAAUUUUUUAGAUUUAAAAACCUUUAAAUUUUAAAAAAUCGUUGUUUGUAUUCAACAGUAGAAAUGGUGAGCAGGUUUUGUUUUGUAUCCUUGCUGAUAGCUUGUUGGUCAAUUUUUGGAGCUUUUGGGGAAGUUUUCUUCAAGGAGGAAUUUUCAGACGAGUCUUGGACCGAUCGAUGGGUGCAAUCUAAGCACAAAAGCGACUACGGGAAAUUCGAGCUUUCUUCUGGAAAAUUUUUUGGUGAUAAGGAACGCGAUCAGGGCCUUAAAACUUCUCAAGAUGCUCGCUUCUAUAGCAUUUCUGCCAAAUUCCCAAAGAAGUUUAGCAACAAAGGAAAGACGUUGGUAAUCCAGUUCAGCAUCAAGCAUGAACAGGACAUUGACUGUGGUGGCGGUUAUCUUAAACUCAUGGCCUCAACAAUUAAUCAAGAGGAUUUCCAUGGGGAAACACCUUACCACCUUAUGUUUGGCCCUGAUAUUUGCGGACCUGGAACGAAGAAAGUUCAUGUCAUCAUUAACUACAAGGACAAGAACCAGCUCAUUAAAAAGGAUAUUCGAUGCAAAGAUGAUGUGCUUACUCACUUGUACACGCUUAUUCUCAAUCCAGACAACACCUAUGAAGUUCAAAUUGAUGGAGAGAAGGCAGAAAGUGGAGAACUUGAGGCUGAUUGGGAGUUGUUGCCGGAAAAGAAAAUUAAGGAUCCUGAUGCUAAGAAGCCUGAGGAUUGGGAUGAGACUGAAUACAUUGAUGAUCCUGAAGAUAAGAAGCCCGAAGAUUGGGAUAAGCCUGAGACCAUUCCUGAUCCAGAUGCAAAGAAGCCAGAGGACUGGGAUGAUGAUAUGGACGGAGAAUGGGAGGCACCAAAAAUUGAUAAUCCAAACUAUAAAGGUGAAUGGAAACCUAAGCAGAUUAAGAAUCCAAACUACAAAGGCAAAUGGAUUCAUCCGGAAAUUGACAACCCUGAUUACAAAGUUGAUGAUGAACUCUAUAUGCGUGAAGAUUGGGGCUCUGUUGGUAUUGAUAUCUGGCAGGUUAAAUCUGGUACCAUCUUCGACAAUAUUAUUGUGACGGACAGCAUUGAUGAAGCAAAGGCUCAUGCGAAGGAAACGUUUGAACCAUUGCGCGAUGCUGAAAAGAAACAAAAGGAGGCUGCAGAUGAGGAAGAACGCAAGAAGUUUGAAGAGGAAGAAAAGAAACGUAAAGAGGAAGAGGAAUCUAAAAAGAAGGAUGAAGAUAAGGAUGGUGAUGAGGAAGAAGAGAAGGAUGAGGAAGAGGAAAAGAAGGUGGAAGAGGAGCAUGAUGAGCUUUAAAUGGAAGAAGAAGGAUAUAUAAUUAAAAGGUUCACUUUUGCUCGUAAUAAAAUUAUAAAAAAUAUAAUUGGGGGGAUUUGCUGCCAC